UAUGUCUUCCUUUAUGGAUGUUAAAAGAAAAGAUUUCAUGGAGAUGUUAAGUCACCAUAUGGCAACAAUAGCUCUUUUGGUUCUUAGUUUUGUUAGUAACUUUGUAAGAAUUGGUGCGUUAAUACUUGUCGUACACGAUACUGUUGACUGGUGGAUGGAGGGUGCUAAGCUUGCUAAAUAUACCGGAUAUUCAAAAUUAACAGAUGCUCUUUUUAUCAUAUUUACGAUCAUUUGGGCAAUAACAAGAUUAUUCAUCUAUCCGUUCUACAUAUUGUAUUCGGUCUACUUCGAUGUUAUAGACAUAGUUGGUGGCUUCCCUAUGCACAAGAUCUUUAGUAUACUUUUGACAUUUCUUCAAGUUCUUCAUAUUUACUGGUUCUAUUUAAUUUGUAAAAUGAUUUACAAAUACAUUAUAACUGGUUCGGUUGAAAAGGAUGAAAGAAGUGAAUCAGAAGUUGAAAGCUCAGAAAAUGAACAAAAGAAUAAUAAUUCUCUCAGUAAUGGGAAGAAGACAUUUUUUGCUUCCCCAAUUGGAAAAUAUUAUAAGCUAAAAGAAAAACCAGCUAAAGCUCCUCAACCUAUUGAAGCUUUGGAGCAGGCUUUUAAGAAACGCAAAGCGAUUCCUCAAGGACCUGCUUUAGAGGACCUCGCAAAAAAAACCGAUAUGAGCACAAGACAAGUCGAGAGAUGGUUUAGAAGAAAGAGGGUAUCGUGUAAUCCAAGUGUCAUGCAAAAGUUUAAGGAAACCAGGCUAGAAUUUAUAUUAUUAUUAUUAUUAUUAUCGGCGUUAUAA